AUGUGUCGGCAUGGCGCGGCGGCAGGUGCGUCGGGAGCGGUAGACACCGCCGGCGGCGCCAUCACGGCAGAGAGCGCGCUGAGUGAUGCUCGGGCCAGUGCGGGGGACGAGCAGAGUCACCGCAAACUGCAGUCCCCGACUGCAGAUUCUUACCAGAUGGCGUGCAAUGAAGUGAAAAGCGAUUGCUCAGCGCCCAACACGUACUUUUUUGGUCUGAUCAAAGGAAAAAAGCCCAGCGCGCAGAAGAUCAAAGAAUGCGAGGACUUGCAUAGGGCUUUAAAAGCUAAGUAUCGGUGUCCAUAG